AUGAACAACAAAAGGAAAAACUACAACCCCAAUAGUAAGGCCGAUGGGGAAGACCCUCGGCAGGACAGGCCCCCAAUCGAGGGUCAUCAGUCCAUCGCUUACGAGAGUAAAAAAAUGAGGAGAGGUCUGUACGGCGCGUCCGAAAGGACCGCCAACAGUGGUGGCAACACGGGGGGCUUAUACAGCGGAGAGAGCUCUGGUCUUAACCAAUUAACGGACGAAACAUACCCUCCAAACUACCCCCUCUACACGAGUCAGGCAAAUAUCAAAACACACCCCAAUCGAAAUGCCCCCAUGAAAAAUAACUCCCUUAACAAAUGGCCAAAUACGAAUACAAGUAGUGAAUUCUCUCCUCAUAAAUUGUAUCCAAACAAUGAAAAAAAAAAGGAUAACUAUAGGAGUAAAAAUUUUAUGAAUAUGAAUCAUCCAAAUUUAAAUUCGUAUAACAAUUCCAACAGUUGGAAGAACGUCAGGAGGAGGGGGGUUGGACAAAGUAUGUCUCGAGAAAAUGGGAAGAAACAAAAAAUGAAAAGUGGUGACGAGGUGGGGGGUGCCUCGUUUGCGUAUGGCAGUGGCGAGCAGGCCGGCCCAGCCACGGUAAGCGGCCUGAUUAGCGGCCCGAUUGGAGACCCGAUCGGCGACCCGAAUGACGCCCCCAAUGUAAACAGCACCAGCAGUAGUGCCGUCCCGAUGAUCGAGACGACCCACGGAAACCACGACAACCACGGAAACCACGGAAACCACGGCAACCACGGCAACAGCCUGAGUUACAAAAAAAUGAACAGCUUGUCAUGCUCCAAAAGUGCCAACUUUGAAAAGGCAUCGACACAAAAGUAUAGCAAUAAAUAUUACCCCAAUAUGACUCUGUCCAAUAUGAGUGACAAGGCGAACAAGGAGGAGGUGGAUAAAGGAAAGAACAAGAAGUGGUUUGAUAGUGGCAACACGAAUGGCAAAGGCAUAGGUGGGGGGUUGGGUACCCACAAGGGGGAGUCGUCCUCUAGUGGUAGGGUGGACACAGAUGUGCUGGGAGGUUCUCCAGAGCAGUGGGGCACCAACCUUAGCGGCAAUAACGUUAUUGGCAGUGACGUGAGCGACGCCAAGCCGGGAAGUGCCCCCCCCCAGGAAAGCGCGCACAUUUUAGAAAUGCUUUCCAAGUGUCUGAAUUCGGUAGGCAACCAAGGAACGGGGGACCUCAAGGCAAUAUACAACGCGCUGACGCAAAAUAAAAGCAAAGAGUCCUUGAUGAGCUUGUUGGAUAACAUAAAGCUUUUGGAGGAGGCGUCCAAAGGGAUGCCGCCACCGGGUGGCACAGCCAUUGGAGAAAGUUCUGUUGGUGGUCCGUACGACAAAGUGGAGAGUGGGGUGAUGGGUGAAAAUAAGAAUAGAGUGAAAAUUGUAAAUAGCUCGUUUAAUGGCUCAUCGAGCGUGUUAACGAAUACGGUGAGGGGUGAAAUGAGUGCCAGUGGGGAGGGGGGGUCUUUAGGGUUGGGCGGUGCUAGAGGCAUUCACGAUGUGGGCGCUGCUAAUCAAGUUAGCCACGGACUCUAUGACAACAUUAGAGGUGACAGAAGGGACACUUCAAAUGUUGGCUUCGUAGAGCCGUUGGAGAUGGGUCUCCAGAAGGGCUUUGCCCCUUGGGGGGAGUCCGGUGGGAGUAAGGGGAAUAUGGCAGCCGCGGAGUUGCACGGAAUUGGGGGAGGGAGGACACGUGUGGACGGGCUCACAAGGGGGGGAAACGCGAUGGAAGCAGACAAAGAAGCCAAAGCAGCCAAAGCAGUCAAAGCAGUCAACGCAGUCAACGCAGCCAAAGCAGUCAAAGCAGUCAACGCAGCCAACGCAGCCAACGCAGCCAACGCAGCCAACGCAGCCAACGCAGCAGAUGUAGCAGCCGCGCCCAACUCUGCCAACUCAGACAACCCCGCUAGCCGCACCUCCUCGAUGCCCAUUUUCAGGCAGAUCGGAAAGGACCACAGCACAGGGGACAAAUGGAAAGACGCAGUGACCAAAUUAAACGAUCAGAAAACACAAAGCAUUUUCGACAAACUAGAAGGGAGCAUGAAGAAUAACCUAAAAAUGACAGAAAUUUUUAAAGCCAACCUAUUCUAUAGUGACAGCAGCCACAUGUACAAAAAUGCCAUGUAUAGAAAUUAUCAACAAAUAUGGCUGCAUAGUGGAAAAUUUCUGCAAUUGGAAAAUAUUUUCCACUUUGGAAAAGCGAAGGAGAAGAAAAAAGAAAUAAAUAUAAUCGAAUAUGCAAUGAACUGUUCAAUUCCGUUUAGCAGUUUUCUACAUUUUUUUAACAAUUUUUACGAAAUUACAGAAAAUUAUCAAUAUAAAAUUUGCUUCUUUUUGAUUUACAAAAUAAUUAUUAUGCAUGAGGAUGAUGAGGAAUAUGGACGGUACUACAAUUUGAUUAUUAAAAUACUUAAUGGGAACACACUGAUUUUUUUUCUUCUCGUGUUGAUUAACCUGAUGAGGAAGUACUCCUUCAAAAUGGUUUAUUUUGUGAAUUUUAUCGAGAGGUUACUUCCAGUAGUAACGAAGGGACCCCGCAUGAGCACAGGAGUUGGAAGCGGCAUGUCAGCAUCAUCCCCAGGCACUACCACUCCCAAUGGCACAGACAAAGGAAUUUUCUUCAACAUUCUUUUUUUUAAGUUAUUCAGGUUAAUAUUUUAUCGAAUCGAAUUAUUUUCCACACAGAAGAAGCACCUACUGAUGCUGUUUUUAAGAUACAUAAAGAAUUUCCUACUCAAUAUUUGCUCCUCUAUUUUGAUCACACAGUACCUCUUUAUAAAAUGUGUGGAUCUGAUGAACAAGUAUAAUAAUCAGCAAUACAUUUUGAUAAAAACGACCUCUAUGGAAAUAUUUUUGCAACUUUGGAAUAACGAUUUUUUAAAGGUGUACAUUUUGAAGAUUGGAAGUCCCCUCCUUCGUUUCCUCAUUUUUAUCAGCAAUGUAGAGUAUGUAAAUAAAAAUAUUUUCCCAUUAAUUUUAACCCCCAUUGAGAAUACUAAUCAGGUGGAGAUGAGAGAUGCCAUCGAGGGGAUGGUACACAGGAAUAGAUAUUACACACAGGGGAGGAAGAGAUGGAAGCAUUACUAUAAGAAGUUCGAAAGGAAAAAUAAGUGCUCCCUUUUGGUUAGAAGUUACGGUGUUGAUGACGUUCAGGAGGUUGUUCUGCUGCCCGCCGAGGAGGAGGAGAAGAAGGAGAGGAAGGAAGGGGAAAAAAACUCCGUGGUGGAGGUGCCUUGUGGGGCAACCCCUCGCACUGAUCCAUGUGGAGACGUACGGAUAGAUCCCCGACACGAUACGCUACUGGAGCACAUUCUGCAAGUACCAAAAAGUUAUAACGUUUACAAAGUUGUACUCCCCCCAGAUGAAAAGAGCUGCCUCAAUUUCAUGCUUCAGCUGAAUAACCCAAACAAUAACUUCCAUUUUGAUCUCUUCUACAAUUUAUUUGUUGAGUCAAAUUUGGCUAAUUUGAUUCACGAAAAUAAGGUGAUAUAUUAUGUGGAGUUUAUAAAGAGGUGGGUGACCAAAGUGAAGAAGGGGGAUGCACAGGAGAAGGACUCCGGGGAGGAGGACUUCAAGAAAGGAAGUAUGAGCGUGCGUGGGCUGGACGGUUUAGUACACGCAGGGGAGGAAGGGGAUCUACACAUGAAAAGGAGCACUGAUUCCCAUAUGGAGGGUGAUUCCUACUUUGGUUUGCAUCCCGACCAGCAGAGUGGCUGCAUUAUUAAGGAGGAGGAAAAGGACCAACCCGCCCGCCUAAAAGAACAACUUUUAUUCGACCUGCAUGGGAUAAUCCAACGAAGAAACUGUGUGCUGUCCAAAAUAUACGGCGCGCAUAUCAGACUGAGUUUUUUUUUUGGCAUUUUCUUCUACAGAAGUUACGAUAUUUAUAGGAUUUUGGCUAGCUCACUCGGAAUAUAUGCGAGGAAAUUUAAAAAUUUUAAAAAGGAGAAUCAGAAGGGGAUUAAAUUUAUGAACAUCAAUAACAUUACGCAUAUUUUGACGGUCACCUUUUUGCUGAAGUUUUUGGCCCACUUGGGGGGACCAGGGGGGAGCGGUGGAGGGGGAAGCGGUGGAGGAGGAAGCGGUGCAGGGGGAAGCGGUGGAGUGGGAAGCGGUGGAGUGGGAAGCGGUGGAGUGGGAAGCGGCGCAGGGGGAAGCGGUGGAGGGGGAAGCGGUGGAGGAGGAAUCGGCGCAGGGGGUAGCGGCGGAGUAGGAAUCGGCGGAGUAGGAAUCGGCGGAGGAGGAAUCAGCGGAGGAACCGGAGAGGGCACCACCGGGGGUAGGCCAUCACCUCAGGGAGGUGCACCCCAUUUGGCAGCUACACACGGGAGAGCCCCACCCCGUUUGACACCGGAGGAGGAAGACUUCCUCGCGUGCUAUCGCCUCCUGGAGCACGCCCUGGGAAAGGACACCAUCACAGCUAACACCUUCCUGAACUACCUGAAUAACGUCAUCCUUUAUCUACACGAAAGGAAAAGAGAAAAUAUGGUCCUGAGCGCGAUCAUCACAUUUACCAUUUACAAUUUCUUAACUCUCAUUAGGAAGAAGAAAUGCCGAAUGGAACAUCUGGAGACACUCAGCUUAAGUGAAAUAUGCAACGAUAUACAUAACAACUGCCUUAUAGGGUUCCUAUUGAGAGAAAAUAAUUUUUUUAUUGACAGCGAGACGAAAUUCACAGAGGUGAAGGAUAUCCUUUCAUUCGAGCUGAAGAACCACAUGAAGUUCAUCCCAGGAGAUAUUAACAAGGAGAUUUUUCAGCUGGUCCAUUUUAAAAAGUACGUUUUCCAAAGGGGGGUAUACAAAAAAAUUGACAUUAUAAAAAUAGGCAGGCGGAACGCGGUCAACAAUCUCUACACCUCGGAGAUCCUCAACUAUAUUUAUUACAACACGCUGUAUCUGCUUAUCCAUUUUGUUAUGAAUAUCCGUUUUUAUGAGACCGUCUUUAGGAGGACGUACAAGGUGAGGGGUGGCAUGGGUGGUGGUGAUGGCAGUGCUGGCAGGGGAGGCAGUGCUGGCCAGGUAGACGGCGGGGGGACGUGCAGCUUUGUGCGAACUGGGGGAGCGUUCAGGCAGGGAGGGGUGGCACAAGAAGCGGAGGCAGAAGACGCGGGGGCGGAAGACGCGGGGGCAGAAGAAGCGAAGGCAGAAGACGCGGUGGCAGAAGAAGCGACGGCGGAAGACGCGGGGGCAGGGCAGCCAAACUGGCAGCACUCCCUCACCGUGGUGCUGAAAAAGCAAAAUGGGGACAGCUACUGGAGGAAAAAAAGGCAUAUUAUAAAAUUUUACAGAAAGGCCAAAAAAAAAAUCGUGAAAAAAUUGAAGACCUACUUAACUGCCAGCAAUGUAAAUAAGUUUAUGCGCAGCUUGGGGGAGGACAAAUUUUUCUUCAACCUUUUUUUCCAGUUUGAUAAUUCCCCCCUGUUUCUUCACUCGAUUUUGCUGGAGGGGGGUGCGCACACUGGCGCGGGCGAAGGUGCGGGCGAAAAGGCAAAUUCAAAUUUAAUGGCAGCUGCAACAGCCUUUGUGAAUGCUGAUGCGAGUGAGAGUGCCCCUGCGAAGGCGAUGGGAGUGACGGGGCCCCUGCGUUGCCGCCACGUGAAUAUCCUGAAAGGGGUGGAAAACUUCGGCCUCCUCGUUGAAGAGAUUAACAAGCUGAUUAGCUUUGUGACCCAUCGAGGGAAGGCCACGUACAACAUCGUCAAAUGCGCCUUUGCGAAUUUCCCCCUUGUGGCCCAUAAAAACAACUUUAGCGUUGAGUUUCGCUUCUACACCAUUGUGUGGAGCGAUUGGGUGGUGAGUCACAGGGGGGGGGACUCCCCAGUUGGAGUGACCACCGAUGAAUGGUGCGCCUCCUUCUCCUAUGGGGUGCAAAAGGAGUGUGCAUUUCAUUUCAACGAAUUGAUAGACCGUGUGGUUAGUACAAUUAUGGACGCGAAUUACUCCAAGGAGAAGAUCUUGUGGUGGUCUGAAUUUUUUUACACCCUGGGGAACUUUGGCGUGGUGAAUUUCCAUCUGCUUUUUUAUUUGUGCUCCCUGGUGAGGGGGCUGGCCGGGGGGGGUGCAGAAGUGGGGAAGGAAGCGGGGAAGGAAGCAGGGAAGGAAGCGGGGAAGGAAGCAGGGAAGGAAGCGGGGAGGGAAGCAGGGAAGGGAGCAGGGAAAGACGCAGGGAAAGACGCGGGGAAAGACGCGAGGCAAUCCGCGAGGCACUCCGCGGGGGACUACCCUCCCCCCGCUGCAAACCGAAGGGACCACUUCCCCCCCCGCUUGUCGCAUGCCCUGCGGAGGAAGGUCCAAAUCUGCGAGCAGAUAUACGUGCUGUACCUAUUCAGGAUAGGCCUCCUCCUGAACGUGAGCCUUUACGAAGCAUUCGACUUGCUAACUUCCCUAAUCAGUGCUGUUUUUAACUUUGACUUUUUCCAGUUUUACAUGAAGAAAAAGAAGUACCAUGUAGAGCAGGGGACUCAGGGAGAAGUCCAAUCGUUCAUCAACAGUGUGAAAGAAGAAGCGAAAAAUAUUCUGACCAAUUACGAUGUUAAUGUCUUUAUAGAGAGCAUUAUCCAUAUGAGCGAUUCUGUUUUUUUUAUGAAAAGCAUAAAAAUUUUGAUUCUUAAGAGCUACUGUUUUGUUAAUGUUCUGUUGCACGUUCUGUCCUUGAAGAAAGUAAUCCUUGACAUGAGCAACGUGGAAUGUGUGGACCUUCAGGAGGGGGAGAUGGACAGGGGGGAAGACGUGCCUAAAGGGGGGAGGGAUAAUACCAUGGAAUGGCCCCAAUUGAGUAAAUCGAAGGGUAAGAAAGUGGAAAUGGUGUGUUCAUUUCGUAGUGCUCCCAACGGUGAGGAACCCGAGAAGGAUUCGCCUCCCGAGAAGGAUUCGCCCCCCGAUUGGAGGAACUACGACUCGGCGGAGGAAUCGGAGAAGUUUAGCUCGUCAGACAGUAGUGAUGGUCAUAAGGUGGAAGACCAUUUGGACGGUUAUGGAAGCUUCUGCAGGGGGAGGCAUUUGGAAAAGACUGCUGAAGAGGCGCUUAACAACCGGAUGAAAACCCCCAAAGGGGGCCACGGGAACCACGGGGCAGAAAAAAAUGGAGGGAAAAAAAUGUGGAUUUUACAGAUCUUCAAAUAUUUUGAUUGCCACUCAUUUCUCUGCUUUCGAAAGGACAAAACGGAAGAGGAGCAUUUUUACGAAAAAAAAUUUCAGAAAUUUCUUUUUCCCCCAAAAUUUAAAAAAAUGGAAAAAAAAAAUGGGAAAACAAAAAAAAAGUGAAUGAUUGACAGCUUUGACGCCUUUCAGUACAUAUACGAAAGAGUAAACUCCGUGGCGCACACCGAAAAUUUGCUUUUUAAAAUUCCAGCGGAUGUGAAUUGGGGCGCGCCCUUCGAAGGCAGCGCGGACAUUAGGCACCCCUUCCUCAUCUCUCUUUGCCACAUCAGCCGCCAGUUGGGGGCGCUGUUGCGGCGCCACCGUAAGAUGAGCGGUCAGCAUGCCGAGAUGGAGCAGCGUGCCGAGAUAGAGCAGCGUGCCGAGACGGAGCAGCGUGCCAUUCGUGACUGCUCAGUACUGCCCAACGAAGAAACCAAACGACAACGAGAAGAGGAAGCACUAUUUAACGAGGUGAACAUUUAUUUAAAAAAUUUCACUUUGUCCUUUUAUCCAUAUCUUAUAAAGUCGCGUUUUUCCUAUGACAUAUUUUUGAGGCUCCUCAGAAUUUACCUGAACAUGUAUUUAAUAACGAAGUGGAGAAACGCCCUCUCUGUGCGCUCUCCCAUUUAUCUCCUUCUGAUGAUUUUAGUUCACCACACACAUGUGUGCAAGUAUGUGAUGUUUUCUUACUUCACGAGGGUUAAGCAGUAUUUGCGUUCGCAUGAACAAUCGGAGGAGGAUUUGCGCGAAGUUUCGCUGCCACGUGAGGCGUUGCAGGUUUACUUCAGAGAAAGCGUGGAGUUCUUCCUGCACAACUGCACCCAGGAGGACCUCCAAUUUGACGACGUAAAAAUCAGCUGCGACGGAAACGCAGUUUCGCUGUUUUAUCACAUGUUAGUUGGGAAUUUUGUGUAG